AAUUUCCAUUUUUUUAUCAAGAAGAGACAAUAAUAAGCAGCAGCAAAAAGGCCGUCCGGAGGCGCGGUGUUACUUCUUCUCUACAGAGCUUUGGUGGCGGCUGUCUGGAAAUGGGAAAGCACGGGAAGAAGCAGAGCCGCAACCACCGCAGAGGGAAGCGAACUUCAUACACUCUUGAGAACAGUGAUGAAGAAAGAAUUAAUGAGUACCCGUUAAGCCCACCAGCUUCUUCUGCUCGAAGAGUUGCUCUUUCCGACUCUGAUCAAGAAUCCCAAGAAGAAGAAGAAGAAGAAAACCAAGAACGAGAAACCGUCGGAAUUAAUGCUUUUGAUAGUGGUGUGCCUUCAAAAUUCGCUCUUUAUCAACAAUCUGUGCAGUCUCCUAAAGGGGAUAUAAGCUAUCUGCAGAAAUUCUUUUUGAUGUAUGUUGGGGGAAGGGCACCCCUCCAUCUCCAAGAGGACUUUUGUGGCACUGCUCUUUUGAGUGUGGAGUGGCUCCAUGGUGAUGCUAGACGAACUGCCGUAGGCUUAGAUUUGGAUGUUGAGGCACUAAACUGGUGUAUGGAGAACAAUGUCAACAGAAUAGGCGCGGAUGUCUACUCGAGGAUAUCCCUGUUUCAUGGAAAUGUCUUGCAACCUUUUGAAUCGAAAUUGGUUAACUUUAAUCCAGAUGAGAGUAUGCGGAACAUGACGUUGAAAAAUAAUGAGGGUGAUUCAAUGACUGGUACGAAUUCAUCUCCAGGAAGCCCAAAGACAGUUCAGAACACUAAAUCCUUGAAGGACAUUCAAUUGCCUGCGAGAGAUAUUGUGUGCGCCUUUAACUAUAGCUGCUGCUGUCUGCAUAACCGUAAAGAGUUGGUUUUGUACUUCAAGCAUGCAUUAAAUGAUCUUAGCAGGCAAGGUGGUAUAUUCGUGAUGGAUUUAUAUGGGGGCACAUCUUCGGAGGGCGUGUUGAGGCUACAGAGGAGAUUUCCUAAUUUUACGUAUGUUUGGGAGCAAGCUGAAUUUGACAUCAUUCAGAGGAAAACAAGAAUUAGUCUCCAUUUCAAUCUCCAUAAGCAGCACAGAAAGCUUCGACAUGCAUUUAGCUACAGCUGGAGACUCUGGUCUUUGCCUGAAGUUAAGGACUGUUUGGAAGAGGCUGGUUUCCGCUCUGUCCAUUUCUGGAUUCGCAGUAUGCCGGACUGUGAACAAAUUAGGUGCACGGAUGGAUUAUCUGUCGGACGAGACGUGAAGUAUGAAGAGGCCACCAGCUUCCAGCAGCAGGAUUCUUGGAAUGCAUACAUUGUAGGUGUUGCAUAGUCAGUAAUCAACGCCUUUCAUGUACUUAUUCGGAGUCAUUAGCAGAUGGGAAAAGACAUGCACAUAAUUUUGGUAAUUCAAGUUCUCCAUUUACUCUUGUGUGCCCUUGACUAGUGUUUUUCU